CAUUGAUUAGGACUUCUAAAGUCAAUUUUUUUCAACUACAAAUCAUUCUACAAUUUCUCGAAAAUGUGAUUUAACUUUACUAUUUUUCCUUGUUUUCUAAUAUUGCGAUGGUCUUGGACUUUGUUGCUGGAUGUCUUGGAGGGUGUGCCGGUUUAAUAGUAGGAUAUCCUUUGGAUACUAUUAAAGUUCAUCUUCAAACCCAAAACUCUAAAAAUCCUCAAUAUCGAGGCACUUGGCAUUGCUUUCAAUCAAUUCUUGCUAAAGAAUCAAUUGCAGGAUUUUACAAAGGAAUAUCAUCUCCUCUAGCAGGAGUUGCUGUAAUCAAUGCCAUAGUGUUUGGAGUAUACGGUCAAACUCAGAAGCAUUUAAUUCAAAAUUCUGAUGAUUUAUCAAGUCACUUUUUAGCUGGAGCUGCUGCUGGAUUAGCACAAUCUCCAGUUACAUCACCUUUAGAACUUGCUAAAACCCGAUUGCAACUUCAAGCUCUUCAAUACUCCAAUUUUUCAUCUAAAAAUACGUCAUAUUCACGAUUAAAACACACUCAUUAUUCUGGUCCACUCCAGUGUUUGAGAAAAAUAUAUUGCAUUAAAGGAAUCUCUGGAGUCUUUAGUGGUCUGACUGUCACUGCACUACGAGAAGUUCCAAGCUGUGGAUUGUAUUUUUUUACCUACGAAGCAUUGAUCCGAGCUGGAGACAAAUCAUCAACACUCCACAUGCUGAUAGCCGGAGGUUUAGCUGGUACUGUGUCUUGGGUAUUAACUUAUCCCGUAGAUGUUAUCAAAUCUCGUCUCCAAGCAGACCACCAAGGUCAAUAUACUGGAGCUUGGGACUGUUAUCGACAAUCAAUUCGACAAGAAGGUUACAGAUGUUUAUUCAAAGGUCUUAAUUCCACAAUUAUUCGUGCCUUUCCUACCAACGCCAUCACCUUUACUGUUGUCCAGUGGACUUAUCGGUUGUGUGGUGAUGCUGAAAAACAGAUUGACGAGAUAAAAUAUAAAUUAGUUGAGCAUGAAAUGACAAAUGAAUCUCAAUUGAGUUCUAUUAUUCUUUAUAAUCAUUCUGAUGGUCAUAGAAGUAGUAAUAUUAAUAGUCAGAGUUAUUAUCAUCAUCACUGUAAUGUUUUGUUGAAUAAUUUUAACUCACUUUUCAAUAGUAUUAUCGAUAAUGCUCAUACUUUUAAUUUGUACUGCCAAACUACUACUGGAGGUCGAGAAAAUGCAUAUAAAAGUCCAAAAUAAAAUGAUUAAAUAUUUUUUAAAUUGUUGCUAAUAUUGAGAAUUUUUAGAUAAUUAGCUUAGACAGAGUUAUAGAAAUUUUUAUUGCUAAUUUGUUUUUUAAUUUGAUAAAAAAUAAAAUUUCAUUCACAUUGAUAAAACUUGAGCUCUCAACAAUUAAUGCAUAACCGACAAAAAAGUUGUCAUUGUUUUAAAACUGAGUUUAUCAGAUACGAUUAAUCUUAAGUCCAGCAGUAGCUCUAAUAAAGCAAGAGCUUACUCAUUCUUUCUAAAUAAAAUAUUACAAUUUAAUAAAAUAACCAUGGACUUUUUGAAGCUUAUAUCUUACAUUUUAAAUUAUUAAAUAUUUAUGAAUUAAUGUUAUGUAAGAUUGAAAAUUUUUAAUAACUUAAUUUCAAAAAUUUUUAAUAAACCAUUUUUCUAAUCUACAAUUUGAAAAACAUUACAAUCAGUAUCAAUAUUAAAAAAUUAGAUUUAAUUAUAAAUAAUAUAAAGCUAAAUUACAUACAAUUAUUAUCACUUAAUUAUCAUGUACUCAU